AUGCAUAUCGAACGGCCUCGGCAGGUCGACCUUGUCGUCGUUGGCGCAGGCAUCUACGGCAUUCAAGCGGCGCGGACGUAUCUCGAAGUGCACCCCAAGAGCAAGGUCGUGAUUCUUGAAGCCAGCACAACCAUUGGAGGAGUCUGGUCUCGCGGUAUGUCUCCCCGAGAGCCAAAUAAGGAGAACUGCUAAUUCGUCACACGUCAAGAUCGGGUGUACGAAGACUUUUGGACGCAGACGCCCGUAGGAAUUCUUGAGUUCAGCUCCCGGCCGAUACAUGAGAUUCCAGAUUCGGACAAAUAUCACGGCUUUUUCAAAGCUAAGCAUGUGACGUCGUAUUUGGAGGAAUACUGUAGAGACCAGCAAUAUGACAACAAAUCUAUUGAUUCGCGAAUACGUUUCGGAACUUCAGUACAAGAGAUCAGCAAGCACGGUCCCUGGUGGACAGUACGAGCAGGCGAGAACGGUGAAGUCGAAUUUCAAGCACCCCAAAUUAUCGAUGCAACUGGCCUGACUUCUACCCCGAAUUGUCCUGAUCUGCCGGACAGGGAAUCAUUCAAGGGCAGGAUUCUGCAUCACAAGGACUUUGCGAAAUUCGAAGCCGAGCUGAAAGCAGAAGAGGUCACCAACGUGGUCGUAAUUGGAGGAGCAAAGUCUGCAGCUGAUGUAGCCUACUCCUGUGCUAAAGCAGGCCACAAAGUGUCUUGGAUCAUUCGAAAAUCUGGAUCUGGCCCGGCUGCUUUCGUAUCAGCCAAAGGCUCGAUGGGAUACGCCAACUCGAAUGAAUCGUUCUAUACCCGCUUGACAUCACUCUUCCUGGUCAGUUUGUUUGCCCUACAAAUGGGCUAUCUGCGGAUCCUGAAUUGGCUAAAUAGAACAAGAGUCGGUCAGUCUCUACUUCAGAGUGCAUGGAAGCGAAUCAACGCCAGAGCAUGCAAGGAGGCAGACUAUGAUCGUGAAGAUGGUCAAGCGAACGGAUUUCACAAUCUCGAACCCGAUACGGAGCUCUUCUGGCAGAACGACAGUACUGGUAUCAACCAGCGAGAAGACUUCUUCGACGUGAUUGCAAAGCACGUCAAAGUCUUUCGCCAGGAUAUCAGCGGUAUGGAUGAGCAUGUAGUUAUCUUGCAAGACUCUGAUCAUACCCUUGUCCGAGCGGACGUGGUCAUCUGCGCCACUGGUUGGAGAGAUCAAGUCUCCUACUUCGAUGAUGAGACGAGCUAUGCACUUGGGCUUCCAGCAAAUCACAGACCGGCGGCGGACAGCCGCUGGACCCAGCUCAUGCGAGCAGCAGACGAAGACGUUGCGAAACAGUUUCCGAUCUUGGACAGUAAAUGGGCACGCUCUCAGAAAGCCUUCCAGCCAUUCGAUGCCCCUGAGCAACCUCAAUUUCGACUCUGGAAAUCCAUGGUCCCCAGCAACGAUCACAGCAUCGUCUUUCUUGGGCGACUGAUGCUGGGCAACCACUUUCGAGCCUCAGAAGUCCAGGCUUUGUUUGCCGUAGCAGUACUCGAUGGGGCAAUAAAGUCUCCAUUGAAGGAAGAUAUGGAGUCGGACAUCGCCAGAACUCUUGCUUGGUUUCGGAGACGAUACCUGAAAAAAGGUCAAAGAGGCAAUUGGUUCUAUUGGGAUAUGGUGCCGUACACUGAUAUGCUGCUCAGUGAGAUGGGGCUGCGUUCUCAUCGCUCGAAAUUUUGGUUGAGAGAUCUGACGAGACCCUGCUAUGCGAGAGAUCUGCGAGGCCUGAUUGAGGAAUACGUGAAGAAGAGAGAUUCUCAGAGAGAAAGGCAUACUUCGAACGCAUCGACUAAGCUGUGA